UGUUUCUGCUGUUUCUCAGAGAGCUCAGGGGCUGUGUCCGCAGACAGACACUCUGAUCCUGCUGCUGCAGCCCGGCGGCUGAUCAGCCUUCUGUGAUACAGGCUUGGGCAGGAUUCUACGACCAGCUGCCCCUUCCAAGCAUGGCAAUGGCAAAUGAUUCCUCUCACGUGGACUCUGAGUUCCGCUAUACCCUCUUCCCGAUUGUUUACAGCAUCAUCUUUGUGCUGGGGGUAGUUGCCAACAGCUAUGUGCUGUGGGUCUUUGCCUGCCUGUACCCUUCCAAGAAACUCAAUGAGAUAAAGAUCUUCAUGGUGAACCUCACCAUGGCUGACCUGCUCUUCUUGGUGACCCUGCCCCUGUGGAUCAUCUACUACCACAACCAGGGCAACUGGAUUCUCCCCAGUUUCCUCUGCAACCUGGCUGGCUGCUUCUUCUUCAUCAACACCUACUGCUCAGUGGCCUUCCUGGCUGUCAUCACUUACAACCGCUUCCAGGCAGUGACCCGGCCCAUCAAGACAGCUCAGGCCACCACCCGCAAGCGUGGUUUCUUGGUGUCCCUGGUCAUCUGGGUGGCCAUUGUGGCUGCUGCAUCCUAUUUCUUCAUCCUGGACUCCACCAACGUAGUGCCCAGCAAGUCCGGCUCGGGCAACAUCACACGCUGCUUUGAGCAUUAUGAGAAGGGCAGCGUGCCUGUCCUCAUUGUCCACGUCUUCCUCGUGUUCGGCUUCUUCCUCGUCUUCCUCAUCAUCUUCUUCUGCAACGUGGUCAUCAUCCGCAGGCUGCUCAUGCAGCCGGUGCAGCUGCAGCACAACGCGGAAGUCAAGCGCCGGGCUCUGUGGAUGGUGUGCACCGUCCUGGCCGUGUUCAUCGUAUGCUUCGUGCCCCACCACCUAGUGCAGCUGCCCUGGACCCUGGCCGAGCUGGGCUUCCAGAGCAGCAGCUUCCACCAGGGUAUCAACGAUGCCCAUCAGGUCACUCUCUGCCUUCUUAGCACCAAUUGUGUCUUAGACCCCAUCAUCUACUGUUUCCUCACCAAGAAGUUUCGCAAGCACCUCACAGAAAAGUUCCAUAGCAUUCGUGGCAGCCGGAAGUGCUCCCGGGCUACCUCAGAGACGGGCACCGAGGUGGUCAUGCCACUCAGCCAAGUCCCUGUCAAAUCCCUCAAAAAAUAGCCCCUGCUGGUUGGGGCCAGGCCCGGAGGCUUAUCCUCCAUGGACAUCACAGACUGACCCGGGGGGAGGAAGAGGUCUCUGCUGUGGUCUGGGAACCUCCUCCCUGGGCACAAGUGGCCCUUUAAGUAUUGAGGCUACUUCACUGAGGUGGGGGUGAUGGCAGGGCCAGACUGCUGGGGAAUCCAGAACUUGAAUGUGCCCCGCUGGCCACCUCUGGGCACACACGUAAUAACCUUGGCUAGUGACCUCAUCCUGAAUAGCUGAGUCUGCUAGCUCUGUGAGGAAUGUCAGGGCCACGGGCAGACCUUGGGGGCAGACUCUGAGCCACCCUGUUCAGCCUACCGAGGCAGCUGCCCUGAGCCAGUAGGGCCUGAAGUUUUGGGCAACUAUCUCCUUUGUCACCAUAAAGGCAGACAAGGGAUCUAGGGAAAGGGAUACUCCUCUGGUUGUGUGGUGCUAUCUCUGGGGAAGACUCUUGAGCUAGGAUAGUGCCACCUUGUUUCCAUUCAGAGGCACAAGAUCUCUGUGACACUUCUUAGGGGACAUGACUCAGUGGAACCUUUUACCACUUAUCCAACAACCUGUCUUGAAUGGUGCCAGAGAAGGGAAGAUAUGCACAGGUCAAAAGCUAGGCUGGGGACAUUGUCUCCUGAGGUAAAUAUGGUUUUCUGCACAGGCCACGCCUCAGGCUUGGGUCAGCUCUGGGGGAGUGUGAGAGAUACAACUGCCACAUCCAGCUGUCUCGAUGGUGAAUGCUAAUGGGGGGAUCUACCCACUGUGGGUGGGCAGAGACCCCUCAAAGCCAAACUGGGGUCAUCCAGGGCACCACGCUGCUCAGAGGCUUCCAUGAGAAAGGGCACUUAGGCUGAGAAGGACCUGUGUGCAGGUGGGUCCUCCAGAGUGGGAGGAGCCUGUCAGGUCUCCUCUGUCACUUAGCUUUCUGGGGCAGGGG